AAUAAGAUUAAAAAGUAUUCAAGCAUAAACUAACACGUGCGUUUCUCUUCCUCUAUAUUUUUUAAACGACGAAACUUCGACAAACGCUCUAUGUUGCGGCAAAGAACGGCUCACAAGAAUGGCGAAACUCAGUUCAUAUUACACGCUGUGUCCGCUCAUCGACCAGCAGAAUUUAUUGGGAGUCGAGAAAGACAAGGAGCCGGGUUGCGCGAUAGUGACUCUGGGCAGAAACAUAGUGAUACGAUAUAAACUUCAGGACUUGAAGCAGAUCAGCAGCUGGUCCAGUAAUAAGGAAAGAUUGACAACACAGGUCAUCUAUGACAGAUCUAAGCAACGUUAUGUUGCUGCCUUCAAUGAGAGGAAGGUGCGGGUUUGGUCAGAAGAUGAGGCAGACUUGAACAACGUGAAGGGAUACAAGUUUCAGUCGCCACUUCAUGCUAUCCUUCAAUAUAGCGAUCUGCCACCCAUUCUGAUUCAGCAAAACGGAGCCACUGCUUCUCUGGAGUGGGCGAUUGCAAAUAGGAAGACGUGGAAGAGCAAGGGUAUAACUAGAGCUAAGGAAAAGUUGUUGGAUUGUCAGUUGGUACAUUUGAAUGGGAAAACGAGUUUGUUCUGCUUGACAAAGAUAGAGGAGAUUUACAACUGUGUAAUAGUCAAAUUGGAGGACGAUACUUGCUUGGAAAGAGCAGACACUAUCAGGAGAGUAGAGUUGAAACGAAGAUCGGAGGAUCUCGCGGGACACGCGGUGAUACACUACAAGAACAAUGCGUAUUUGUUAACUUUAUGGUCGCAUGGUAGAUUGUACAGUCACUUCUUGACGGGAACGUCCUCCGAUCCAGAACCCUACAAGCUGAUCAGCGUCAUCACCAACAUCAACACCAACUAUCCCGUAGUCAUGACUCACUUGAAUGAGACCACCAUAGCGGUUUACGGCGCCGAUGUCACGAACGAGGGAGCUGUGCUGAUGAUCUACAACGUCCAGUUCAAGCUGGUGCAGGCGGCGCAGAAACUGAAGCUCUACACCAACGACGCCAAGCUCUGGAAGGUGGAGGACAAGUUGUUGCUCGCUGCGAACAGACAUUUAGCUGUUGCACCCUAUCAUCUAGCGCCUCAAAGAAUAUCCACUAUGCUGGGCUCCUCCCUGCACUUCAAGAACGACGAGAACGACGCGGACGACAUCGUCGUGAUCCAGGAGGCGACGGUGGCCCAGUGGGACCAGGGUCAAAAGAAGCCAGCGAGACAUUCAUCGAUAGGUCGAGUACCCUCCAACAUCUCCAAACAGAUCCACACUUAUUUAAACGAAGGCUGGAGCGACGCGGUGAUACAGGAGACGUUGAUCCCGUCCCUGACGAAGUCCGGCGAUGUCGCGUCGAUUCGGUGGUGCCUUGACACGUUCAGAGACCUGCCGGAAAAGUUGCUAGUGGACCUCCUGGCGUUCGCCCUGAAUCGUUCAGACAAGGUGUUCGUUCCUGUGCAAAACGGCACCAGCGAUAGCUCGUCGAAAACCAGCAACCCCUAUUCAAAGAACAACUUCCUAGAUAAAGUAUUUAGUAUCAGUUAUUCCAGUGCUUCUCUGCUGCCUCAUUUGAAGACCGGGCUGACCUUCGACGAAGUGCUCAAGCUGUUGGAGUACUUGAUGUAUAAGUUGAAUGAAGAGAUAGACUCGCUUGACAAUAACUGCCUGGAACCAAGUGAUCAGCAAUUGUACGACUGGUCCUGCAUGCUUCUCGAUUCCCAUUAUCAACAUUAUCUGUUGUCGCAAGACGCCCACGUUUUAGAACUCUUCACUAGGCUAAAUGCCAUCUUGGAAGAACAUUUUCAGUUCCUGCAAGAUUUCCAGAACUUGAGGCCUAUGAUAGACAGGACGAAUAACGGAAACCGUUACGAUCCUCUUCAAGAAACUACAAUAAAUUCUACUCUAUAGAGGAAAUAAAACUUUAUUAAAUUAUAAAUUAAAUGAUUCAAUUUAAGAUAUGACACACAUCUUUUAUCUGGUGUGUGUGUGUGUGUCAAGUGUAUGAAGAUGUACUUUUUAUACAUAUUUUUCCAUUAAUUAGUUUAAAUCAUAUAAACACUGUUGAAAAAUUAA